UUGUGAGGAUUGCCCCAGCUUAGGGAUAAGAGCCCUUUGCUGAUUGGUCAUACCGAAAGCAUGCCACUUGCCCAGCUCAACAGGUUGCUUGCAUGCAAUUACACCUGUCCAACGAUGGAUUUCAAGGAGAAGAAUUUCCGGCUGGUCAUUGUCAUGACCGUGCCACAGUGUGGCCUCUUUUAGGAUGUAAAUGGUGAGGAAGCUGUACUGUCGACUAAAUGUGAGGGCAGCGGCUGUGGGAACUCAUCAUGGUGCUUUACAAAGGACCGCGGCUGUUGGACUUUGCAAAGACCCCUACACACCUUCAGUUCAACAAAUAUGUCCUGACAGGUUACCGGCCGGUGUCCACGGCGCAAGAGUGCCUCAGGAGCCUCUUCUACAUGCACAAUGAACUGGGGAACAUUUACACUCAUGGCAUCCCCUUUUUCCUUUUCUUGGUGCUGCUGCCUUUUAGUAUCCCCUGGAUGGAGGUGGACAGUGUCUGGAUCUGUGUGGUUCACUACCUGGCUUGCCUCUGUCCCACUGUGGGCUCGGUGGUCUACCAUGUGUUCAUGAACCAUGUGGGAGGAGAACAUGUUUAUGACACUCUGCUCUCUCUGGACAUGUUCGGGGUCUGCUUAGUCAACACCCUGGGAGCACUCCCCAUCAUCCACAUCACCCUUCUUUGCUACCCGGCCAUAAGAAGGGCUGCCUUGCUGGCCUACAUCCUCCUAUCAGCCCACGGCAUCUACUAUGCCACCACGGCCCGUUCUAACAUUCACCGCCUGCGAGCUUUCAUCUGGCAGGGCCUGUUCCGCUUCAGCCUCUUCCUGUUCCGGGUGUACGGCAGCGGGGUGGGCAGCCCAAACUCCCUGCGCCUCUUUGUCAUCAUGGACUGUCUGGCUGUUAUAGGAGGGCUGGUCAACAUAAUCCAGAUCCCUGAGCGCUUCAUCCCAGGCUUCUUUGACAACUGGGGCAACAGCCACCAGAUCAUGCAUGUCAUGGUUAUUUGCUCAAUUAUCUACCUGCACUGGGGCACGCUGGAGGAUUUAGACUGGAUUAAGACCUACCAGUGUAAUGCUGAGUGAUACCAGGUGUAUCAUGUACGCACAUGCAUGCACUCAUUACUAGGCUAUGUGCUUUGCUGAUAGAAAUGAGAUUUAGGAUUGAAUGUGGCAGGUCGAGUAAAAGUAUAAAGAAAAGGGAGGCAAGUUGUUUCAAAAUGCACUUUAGCAUGCUUGCUGCUGAAAUUCUUCACAAGGAACGUUUGCAAUUAAUUACCACUAUAUGAAAGUGAAAAUCCUGAGCAUACUUGAUAUUUAGUGCAGUAGUUUGGGGUCAUAUUACCCAUAACCAAAAUUGUUUUUAAAUAAAAAAUUUAAUAAAUGUAAUAAAUUAUAUAUUUUUAUAUCUUC